AUGGGACAUCUAAUAACGGUCGCGACCUCGCUGAACCAGUGGUCCUUGGACUUUCAGGGAAACCUCGAGCGGAUCUUGGAGAGUAUCCGCAUAGCGAAAGAGCGGGGCGCUACCUUGCGAGUCGGGCCUGAGCUUGAGAUAACCGGGUAUGGCUGUCAAGACCACUUCCUCGAAGGUGAUACCGCCUUGCAUUCAUAUGAGGUGCUAGCCAAGAUUCUCGAGUCAGAAGAGGCUAAGGGUAUCCUAUGUGACAUCGGCAUGCCCGUCGUGCACAAGAAUGUCAUAUAUAACUGUCGUAUAAUAAUUCACAGCGGCCAGAUCCUCCUCAUCCGCCCAAAGAUGUGGCUCGCCAAUGAUGGUAACUAUCGCGAGUUGCGCUGGUUCACACCGUGGAUGAAGCAUAGGUGCACCGAGGACCAUUACCUCCCGAGAAUUAUUCAUGCCGUUACUGGCCAGACGAAAGUACCAUUCGGAGAUGCUGUCGUUAGCACAAUAGACACCUGCAUCGGAGUAGAGCUCUGCGAGGAACUGUUUACCCCUGCGAGCCCGCACAUCCUCAUGGGACUCGACGGUGUCGAGAUCUUCACCAACUCCAGCGGAAGCCACCACGAGCUGCGCAAGCUCUACCGGCGCGUCGAGCUCAUCAAGGAGGCAACCAUGAAGGUCGGCGGGAUCUACCUCUAUGCAAACCAGCAAGGCUGCGACGGCGACCGGCUCUACUACGACGGCUGCGCGAUGAUCGCCGUGAAUGGACAGAUCCUCGCACAGGGCUCGCAAUUCUCGCUCACCGAUGUCGAGGUCGUCACCGCGACGAUCGACAUCGAAGAUGUACGCGCACACCGUGCGAUCAGCAGUCGCAGCAUGCAGGCCGCCGCGGCUGAGCGCUAUCAGAGGAUCGAGGUCGACUUUGCGCUUAGCGAGUGCAAAUUCCAGUUCUCAAAGGACGAGGAUGAGUUGGUGGUGAGCCCGAAGGUGGAGGUGAGAUACCAUAUACCGGAGGAGGAGAUUGCGUUGGGCCCUGCGUGCUGGCUAUGGGACUAUGUCCGCCGCUCGAGGACGCAGGGCUAUUUCCUUCCACUCAGCGGUGGUAUUGACAGCUGUGCGACGUCCGUCAUCGUGUAUUCCAUGUGCCGCCUCGCUGUGCAGGCAGCCGGUGCGGGGAACCAGCAGGUCAUCGCUGACGCUCGGCGGAUCGUCGGAGAGUCGGAAGACUCAACGUACAUCCCCACCGACCCGCGCGAGCUCUCGAAUAGGAUCUUUCAUACCUGCUAUAUGGGUACGGAGAACUCGAGCGAAGAGACGAGGACACGGGCGAAGGAGCUGGCCGAGGCGAUCGGCAGCUACCAUGUUGACCUGAACAUGGACACACUCGUCACCGCCGUGCACGCCCUUUUUUCUUAUGUGACGGGUGCGAAACCUAGGUUCCGUGCACACGGAGGCUCAGAUGCGGAGAAUCUUGCUCUUCAAAACAUCCAGGCGAGACUGCGUAUGGUGCUUGCAUACCUGUUCGCUCAGCUUCUUCCGUGGGUGAGAGGAAGGUCAGGCGGUCUGCUUGUUCUCGGUAGUGCAAACGUCGACGAAAGCUUGCGGGGCUAUCUGACCAAGUACGACUGCUCCUCCGCGGAUGUCAACCCCAUUGGUGCGAUCAGUAAGACGGACUUGAAGCGCUUCAUCGCCUAUGCUCGAGACGCCUUCGAGCUGCCCAUCCUAGAGAGCUUCCUGGAAGCAGUCCCGACUGCUGAGCUGGAGCCCAUCACUGAGACCUACGUGCAAGCUGAUGAAGCCGAUAUGGGAAUGACCUACGACGAGCUCUCCGUCUUCGGACGGCUGCGCAAGGUCGAGAAAUGCGGGCCGUACAGCAUGUUCACGAAACUGGUGCAUGAAUGGGGUUCUGUUCUGAGCCCUGUCCAGAUCGCGGACAAAGUCAAGCGCUUCUUCUUCGAAUACGCUCGGAACCGACACAAGAUGACGACUCUCACGCCGUCUUACCACGCGGAGCAAUACAGCCCCGACGAUAACCGGUACGAUCUCCGCCCGUUCCUGUAUCCUUCGCGCUUCCCAUGGCAGUUCAAGAAGAUCGACGACAUCGCCGCGAUUCUUCCCGACCGAUCGCAAAUGGGGGCGGAUCAUGUCAAGCUUAAAGCAGCCUGA